CUCGGAGGGCAUUACGCGAUGGAAGAUCGGCAGGGAGACUAUCAGAGCGGCUGGAGCCUUUGUUGCUUUCAACAGAUACAGCAUAAAAGAGACGCGUCGUUAAUGAACGCCAUAAUCGAUAUGCAUCCCUCAAGUCAUUACGAUCUCAAAUUAUGGGGCUAAAUGUGUCGUGUUUCAUUUCAAUGGCCAUCCGUCUUUUUUCCCCCCCACCAAUGGAUUUAACAAUGAUUCCAUUCGGAUUCGUUCUUCUCGGGCGCGCAGCAGAACACGCACUUCCUUUGUAUAAUCUGAUCGGGCGAUAGCACUAGAUUAUAUGCGGUGUAAAGAAAGUUCCACUUAUUACGGUAAAGCAUUUACAAGCCGUAAUAGUAAAGGGGCGUAAUUUUUUACGGAUACACGGGGGCUCACGCUGCCCAGCGGCGUCAUGAAAGCGCAGAUCUACGCGCUUUCGGCUUUAGUUUUGCGGCUGAAGAUGGACAUGAAGGACCAGGGAGCUCUGAUGGAGCCUUUGCUGCCCACGAGACACGAUGAGGAAGCCGUGGUGGACAGAGGAGGGACACGCACCAUGCUGAAGACCAACUUUGAGAAGGAUGAACUGGAAGAUCACCGGACGCUCUACAUUGGCGUGCACGUUCCUCUGGGGAGAAAGAGUCACAGGAGAAGGAGACACCAUGGACAUCGUCACCGGAAGAGGGACAGGGAGCGGGACUCUGGGGUGGAGGAUGGACGAGAGUCCCCGCCUUAUAACACUCCCUCGCAGAGGGUCCAGUUCCUGCUGGGCACGGAGGACGACGAUGAGGAGCACAUCCCCCACGACCUAUUCACCGAGCUCGAUGAGAUCUGCCUACGCGAAGGGGAGGAUGCUGAGUGGAGGGAGACCGCCAGAUGGCUGAAGUUCGAGGAAGACGUGGAGGACGGCGGCGAGCGCUGGAGCAAGCCCUACGUGGCGACACUGUCACUGCAUAGUCUGUUUGAGCUGCGCAGCUGCAUCCUCAACGGCACCGUGCUGCUGGACAUGCGUGCCAACUCCCUGGAGGAGAUCGCAGACAUGAUUCUAGACCAGCAGGAGGCAUCGGGUCCGUUGGGCGAUGAUGUAAGGCGGAAGAUCCGGGACGCGCUCCUCAAGCAGCACCACCAUCAGAACCAGAAGAAGUUGGCCAACCGGAUCCCAAUCGUCCGCUCCUUUGCCGACAUCGGCAAGAAGCAGUCAGAGCCGCACUCCAUGGACAAGAACGCCCUGCGAGGCUCAUUAGUGGCGAGCGGCUGUAGGAGUGACAGGCCGGUCUUACCCUGCGCCACGUGGUUGCUGUGUUGCCCCCAGUGUGUCUCCAUCUCCUCUCCACUCCCGACUUCAUCCGGCACUCACUUCCCCCCUGCCAAACCAUACCACAAGCCCCCGGCGAGCAGGCUCCACCACGCCGCGAGUAUCUCCGAUAUCCAUCCCCUGGACAAGCAAGAAGACUCGGAUUCAGGUCAGAUGGUUUCUCCUCAGUCCCAACCCUCCAACAUGGACGGGAAGGGCGAUGUAAGCAGGGAGAACAGUACCGUGGAUUUCAGCAAGAUUGACCUUCACUUUAUGAAGAAGAUCCCUCCGGGCGCCGAGGCCUCCAAUGUCCUGGUGGGGGAGCUGGAGUUCCUGGACCGGCCGGUGGUGGCCUUCGUGCGCCUCUCGCCCGCCGUCCUGCUCUACGGCCUGACGGAAGUCCCCAUCACCACCCGGUUCUUGUUCAUCUUGCUGGGGCCUUUAGGAAAAGGACCACAGUACCAUGAGAUCGGCAGAUCCAUUGCCACCCUAAUGACGGAUGAGGUAUUCCAUGAUGUCGCCUACAAGGCCAAGGACCGCAACGACCUGGUGGCCGGCAUCGAUGAAUUCCUUGACCAGGUGACGGUUUUGCCACCAGGAGAGUGGGAUCCAUCGAUAAGGAUAGAGCCCCCCAAGAAUGUUCCCUCUCAAGAGAAGAGGAAGAUUCCCAUGGUUCCUAAUGGCACGACGGACCUGAGUGAAGCGGAGGAGCACGGGGGGCAUGGGGGGCCUGAACUACAGCGCACUGGGAGGAUCUUCGGCGGGCUCUUCCUGGAUAUCAAGCGCAAGUUGCCGCACUACCUGUCGGACUACAGCGACGCCAUCAGCUUGCAGUGCUUGGCCUCCUUUCUGUUCCUGUACUGUGCCUGCAUGUCACCCGUGAUCACCUUCGGGGGCCUGCUCGGGGAAGCCACAGAAGGCCGAAUAAGUGCAAUUGAAUCCCUUUUUGGAGCCUCGAUGACUGGUAUAGCCUAUUCCCUGUUCGCAGGCCAACCCCUCACAAUAUUAGGAAGUACGGGGCCCGUGCUGGUGUUCGAGAAGAUAUUAUUCAAAUUUUGCAAAGAGUAUGGGCUAUCCUACCUCUCGCUGAGAACCUGCAUAGGGCUGUGGACAGCGUUCCUCUGUCUGGUCCUGGUAGCCACGGACGCCAGCUCGCUGGUGUGCUAUAUCACGCGGUUCACCGAGGAGGCCUUCGCCUCCCUGAUCUGCAUCAUCUUCAUCUAUGAGGCCUUGGAGAAGCUGAUCCACCUUGGGGAGACCUACCCAAUCAACAUGCACAACAAUCUGGACAAGCUCACCCAGUACUUGUGUAUCUGUGUGGAGCCCCCUGAUCCCAGUAACGCCACUAUGACCUACUGGGAGGAAAACAACAUCACAGCCUCGGAGAUAUACUGGGAGGGUCUGGAAGUCAAGGACUGCAUGGAGAAGCGUGGGGAGUUUGUGGGGAGUGCCUGUGGUCCGCACGGACCCUACGUCCCCGAUGUCCUCUUUUGGUCAGUCGUACUCUUUUUCUCCACCGUCGCCAUGUCCUUCUUCCUGAAGGAUUUCAAAACUAGCCGCUACUUCCCUACCAAGGUGAGGUCAAUUAUCAGUGACUUUGCCGUCUUCAUCACCAUCUUCACCAUGGUGCUCGUGGACUAUGCCUUAGGAGUCCCAUCUCCCAAACUGAAGGUCCCCAACGAGUUCAAGCCAACCAGAGAUGACCGUGGCUGGCUGAUCAAUCCCCUGGGCCCCAACCCGUGGUGGACCACUAUUGUGACAGUCAUCCCUGCUCUGCUUUGCACGAUUCUUAUCUUCAUGGACCAGCAGAUCACUGCUGUCAUCAUUAACAGGAAGGAGCACAAGCUAAAGAAGGGCUGCGGGUACCACCUGGACUUGUUCAUGGUGGGCAUAAUGCUGGGCGUGUGCUCGGUGAUGGGCCUGCCAUGGUUCGUGGCCGCCACCGUGCUCUCCAUCUCGCACGUCAACAGCCUGAAGCUGGAGUCCGAGUGCUCGGCCCCCGGGGAGCAGCCCAAGUUCCUGGGCAUCCGCGAGCAGAGGUUCACGGGCCUCAUGAUCUUCCUGCUGAUGGGCUGCUCCGUCUUCAUGACCUCCGUCCUCAAGUUUAUUCCAAUGCCUGUGCUGUAUGGAGUAUUCCUUUACAUGGGGGCUUCUUCGCUUAGGGGGAUACAGUUCUUCGAUCGCCUGAAGCUGUUCGGCAUGCCAGCCAAACACCAACCUGACUUCAUCUACCUGCGACAUGUUCCCCUGAGAAAAGUCCACCUCUUCACCAUCGUCCAGCUCAGCUGCCUGGUCCUCCUCUGGGUUAUCAAGACCUCAAAGGCUGCCAUCGUCUUUCCUAUGAUGGUCUUGGCUCUGGUGUUUGUACGGAAGCUGCUGGAUUUCUUCUUCACGAAAAGAGAGCUGAGCUGGCUCGAUGACCUAAUGCCAGAGAGCAAGAAGAAGAAGCUGGAAGAUGCUGAACGAGAGGAAGAACAGAGUAUCUUAGCUGAGGAUGAGGGAAUCGUUCAAGUGCCAUUAGAGGGAAACUACAAGGAUGACCCUUCAACAGUGAACAUUUCUGACGAAAUGUCCAAAACCUCUUUUGGAAACGUUUGGAAGUCCCUCAACACAGAAGACUCCAAAAAAGACCCAAGCUCGAAAAGCAGCGUGAGGAAACAGGGGAGAGGAAUGGACAUGAGCAAGUGCUUUGACAGGGAGACGAGCCUAUGAUUGACGUUUCUUCUGUCACUGUGCUACUGUUGAAUGGAUAGUGAGUUGGGGAGACUUCUCUGCAUUUUCCUGUAAGUCUGUUUAUUUGCAAACAUGUAAAACUGUUUUUUUUUCUUUUAAGAAACUAAAAACCCCAUUCCUCUAUGGGGCAAACAAGCAACAAUUAAGAUAAGUUUUACUUACUGUGCAACUCAAAGUAAUACCAGCAAUUUAAUUAAGAGUUGUAAAUUUGAUAGGUGAUUCGCAGAGAGCUCGUUCUAUGGUGAGAUGCUGAAGUUAGCUGUCCUGAAAAAAAAAAGUUUUUAAAACUCCUUUUGUUUUAAAAAGAAUUCAUAUGAAUUUUGUAUGUUUUGUAUUUUUUUUUCAAGACAAUAACAGGUUGGUAACCUUUGAGAAUACAAAUUAUCUAUAGGAAACUCACUCAGUGUACAAAGGAGCACAACCACCGGCAAUGAACUAUUUCAAAAUUUAGUCAGGUAACUUUGGUGCAUAACAGUAAUGGCAAAGCUGGACUCGUAACUACAGACUUGCAUUAUUAAGUUCCCACUGAGUUAUUUUGCUGAGAAUAUCUGGCCGUAUUAGUAGGUGAAGUUGUGAGACAGUAGGCUGAGCUGGUUACGAUACAACUGUAUGAAGUAACAAAGUAAUUAUGCCAGUAAUAGAAUAAAUAUUGAAGUAAUUUCAGACAUGGGCUAUUUAAACAUAAUAUAUAUGAACAGUCAAAUGGCAAAGACAAGCAUAAAGAGAGUAUGUUUAAUAUCCAGAGAUAUUGUCAGUGUCUGUGUGUAUGUGAUCAUUGUUUUAGUGUAACUGAUUAUUUUUUUCUAAUUUGAAUCGCACUUCACUAGUUACGCUAAAGCUAUACAGUAUGACAUAUUAGUAAAUGUCCACAUGAUUUUUUUUUUUUUAACUACAAUGCUUCAGAAUGUUACUCUAUGUAUUUCCAUACAACACUGGCAGUUAUUAUAAACUAAAUCAAUGUUUGUUUUAUUUGUGUCUGCUGCAUUCAAGGCUUAGUGAAGAACGAACGUAACCAGAAACCAGAGUAGACCUUAAGGCUUAAAAUAAAGUACAAAAAUGACUACAUUGCAGUCAUGCUACGUGUAAUCUUAAGCAGUCACAAUGUAACUAGCCUAUUUGAUAUUUUUCAAUACUGAAAAUAUAUUCAUAAGACAAUACAAUAAUAUUUGCUAUGAAAAUGAACACUUGUAUAUAAUUUCAUGAAAAAUUAAACUUUGUUAUUGAAAUCAUAGAAAUAAUCAAUAAGUGUAAAUUUCAGGAUUUCCUGUUUUUAACAGGAUACAUUCAAUAACUUUAUAUACAAAUUUACUGCAGGAUUCAAUGUUAUUAGAAACAGACACAACAGUUAUUUUAUUUUAAAAGAUCUAUAGUAUAAUUAUUGUAAUAAUUUGAAAAUUCUAGAAGUCCUUUAUACAUUAAAUCAAGUUUUGUUUGGGUCUCAGAGGUAAAAUUAAAGGGAGUUGUUUUCUUUUGAUAUAUGGUAAAGAAAAGAAAGUCCACUGAAUUCACUUGGUUGUGAACAUCUAUGUAAAUUGCAAUUGGGACAAACAAAACUGAAACCAUUAUAUUUAAAAAGGAAAUUACAUAAAACACUAAAUACAGCAGAUGGAUUUGAUGCAAGGAUGACUUGCAUAUAAAAUUUUAGAUUAUUAAAGUUAUUUGCAUUUCAGAACUUAUAGAAUUCUUAGAAACUAGUACGGAUUUAUUGUUUUCAAAUGUUGUAACUUGUAACAUAUCACAAAUGUGUCAAUGUGAAAUCAAAUAAAUAGAUUUAAACACUGUUCACUCUCAAUCAUGACUCCAGUAUGUGCAACUAUACUGGACAAAAUUCACGUUGUUUGAUGAAUAUGUAUCGGUAUGUAAAAAAUGAAAAUUGAAAUUAUACUUAAUUUACCAUCAGUAUG